GUUAAUUUUUAAGGAUAAUUGGUGGAGCAAACACCGACGCUGCGCUGUGGAGAAGAAAAUAAGAGGCGGUCCGGUGUCGAGCAACUGUUGUGGCGGCCAUUGGAUUUUGGGAGAAUCAGCAGAGAAGAAUCAGGAAGACUGAGGAGGAGGGUAGACGAGAGCCAGAGAGGACGAGAGAGAUCAUGGCGUCCAUAUGCCUGUUCAGCUCUAAAACCCUAGCGUUACCCUCCGCGGUCUACCUACACAUAUCUUCAUCAUCUACAAGCCAUAGCUGCUCUUUCGGCAACUGCAGAUGCUCUUUCCCAUACAAACCAGUUUCCAAUUCGCAUUUGGUAAUUGGUAGAAGGAGAACGGGGAAGCAGGUGGUUCGAAUGGCCCCGGAUGAAGAGAAGCUUACUCGUCGCAAUCCUCUCGAUUUCCCAAUUGAAUGGGAGAGGCCUAAGCCAGGACGUAGACCAGAUAUCUUUCCUCAGUUUAGUCCCAUGAAAACACCAUUGCCACCACCAUUGCCAUGUGAUCCCCCUGAAGAAGAUGAGGAGGAAGAAGAGAAGAAAGAGGAAGAAGAGGAAAAUCCUGACAAGGAAAAUCCAGAUGAGCCUGAGUUCCUUGAGUUCCUUUCUCCUUUUCCAUCUUCACUCUGUUUUUUGAUAGGCUGAAAGCAUUAGAAAUCCCAAAGUGAUGAUGAGUUGAGAUAGUCCACCAUGAACCAACAUGUUUGAGAGUUACUACUGAUAUUGCUAUUCUGAAUUAAAUAAAAAAUCUCUCUAGGAUUUUUUAUUUUCUUGAGUUUUAGUUCUCCAUUUUAGGCAAUGUAUUUUACGAAUAAAUGAUCGUGAAUGGUAUGUCUUCUCUCCCAUUUCCAGUCCCACCGUUUGUUUGGCAAAAUUUUAUAUUUGAGCAUUGUUUAAGUUCUAAUCUCUAGAAGCUGCAGCAGAAUAUUGCGAGGGCGUUUGACAUUAUUAUAAGACACAAUUAUUUUUUCUUUUAUUUUUACAUUGAAUGCAACUCCUUGUUGUUUUCCAA